AUGGCUCUUUCCGGAGCUUCUGGGGCUGAACUGAGUAGAGCAAGUUCAAUUUUCACACUUUGAAUGCAAAAAUAAUUUUUUAGAACACGGAAGUCCGUCAUGCUGGCCGCAAACGUUUGAUUCGCUGGAUUCUGCGCCGAAGACCUUGCCGCGUUCUCAUGAUCGUCUCGGCGGUUCUGAUUCUCCUCCUAUCUGUUGUGGUUUUACUCGCGGUCGCAACGAAACGCGGCUACACCUAUACCAAGUACAUCUACGACCUCGAGGGCGUGUUUGCGGCGGAGAAAAUGGAUAGGUCCACGGGAUUUGUGCAUGAGGAGUUUUGUUUGUACGAGCCAGCGCCUAAAGAAAAUGUGGUAAGUUCUGGGCACCAAUUUUUGGACAAGUGUAACACUUGACACAUAACAGUUGACACUGAGUCAAGUGUUGCUCUCAAUAAAAUAAGGCCGGAAUUUUAAUUCUGAUCACUGAUAACUGUUUUACCGCUCGAUUUUUACUGUUUUUUUAAGCCACAGUCGUAUAAGGAGAAGACUUGACCAAAAUGGGUCAAGUGUUCCGCUGAAUUCCCAAAUUCCUAAAUAUCGGUCCUAAGUUGGCAAAAUUUGAAGCAACGGUCAAUUUAGAGGUGUCUCGAAUGCAUCUUUACAUUACUUCAAUUGCAGGAAUUCUGUAACGGCGGUUGUGGCAAUCUCUCAUUGAUCUUCCGAACUCACUUCUUGCGUAAAGACGUCUCUCAACCGAUCCUCUGCAAUCCAAGGUUGGAAACUGUGAGUUCUGACUUUUAGAAAAUAUUUGACAUAUUGGAUAGCUUUUUUUCUUGAUAGGGAAACAGUUGACUCAACUGAGAAAGACUUGUCUCAUUAGAGGCAGACUUGACCCAACUGAGAAAGACUUGCCUCAUUAGAGAUAGACUUGUCUCAAUGGAACAGGUCUCUCGCAAAAUACACACCAGAUCUAAGAAAGAAAAACUUGACGCGAAGGAGUAAACUUGACCCAUUUUAUUUUUAGCACGAAUGCUAUGUUAGCAUUGGCGGAGGCUGCAUCAACCGCACUGUGAAAUUAAACCGCGAACAAGCCUGUGGGUCGGGCCCUCGUCCACUUUGGGAAGAUUACGUGAAUGGAAUGGUUACCGUUGAUAGAAACUUAACUCCGAUUAUUACAAACGAAAACUUGAAGAAAUACGCGAAUAAAACAGUCCUAGCACAUCAACUUGUUGCUCGAUGUCCAGUGUAAGUCGAAUUCCAUCAAUUGCUCUUAUGAUUUUCACAGAGGAUAACAGUUGACACAUUUGGGUCAAGUGUUACUCUGAUAUCAAAAAGACUUGAAAUCAUAUGUGGAUGUGUUUUCAGAUGCACGAGGAGAUUCCAGCCGUUCAAAUUGAGUGCGGAUGGCGAUUGCAUGAUGAAAUUCCACAAAUCGCAACCAGGCUUCCCCGAACAAUACAACACUUGUGGUCCACCCAAAAGAGACAAAUCCAGAGCCACGAAAGGACGCGGAAGAAACGCCAAUAAGCACAAUUUUUGUCCUCUUAUCGAGUGA